UUACCUAUUUCAAACAAAGUUGUGAAAUGGCUAUGAUGGCUACAAGACUUUAUUGUAUUCAAAGAUCCCUCAUUAACCAUAGUAUAAAGCAUUAUCCCAAAGUGGUACAUGAAUGGUUUCAGAUGAAAGUCAAGGGUAACUGCUCUACAUAUCAGAUGUUAAAACAUCAACGGUGGUACAACAAACAACAGUUUAGGUUUCUUUCUCAAACAUCACAGUACAAGUUCUGCAUACAUUGUUUUCCAGCUACACCUUCAGGUUUCAAACGUUUAUUUCAUGUUGGAACUUGCGCCUUUGUGAAAACAUUUCAAGAAAGAGAAAAUGAAUAUGCUCAUGAGAUAAUGGAGAACCUAGGUUAUAAUGGUGUUAGAAAACAUCCAGAGGGUCCACUGAUGUAUAAUAGCAACGAACAGAUGCUUAGUAGAAAACACACUCGCGGUGAUAUAAGCUUUGAUGAAAAUGUAAUAAGCAUUUUAAACAUGUUCAAAAAAAUUUCAAGUUCUUCAGAUGAUACUGAAAAAGAUAUAGAAAGUGAAAAGUAUUGUAACUUGCUAAAGUCACUUGCACAUUCCCUACCAGAGAUGGAUAACUCUCAAAUAAUAGAAGUUUUGAAUUAUCUAUGUUUGUGGCCACCUACUGCUGCAACAAAUACUCAGCAGUUUAAGCUGUUAUGGAACAGUUUAGAUAGAGAAUGUGUACAUCGGCUGGAAUCUUGGACAUUAGAUGAACAGUUGCUAGUUGCAGAUUAUUGGUUCCACUUGCGUCUUAGUCGUAUCACUGUUUAUAAUUCAGCAGUAAUAGGUGCGUUGGGAUGUCAACUAUCUUCACUUUCUUCUCAGCAGCUGGUACAGUUGCUGUUCCUGAUGAAUUUGCAGAGAAAAGUGAAUAAACCUUUAAUGCGAAAAAUAGAAAACUAUGUUAUAAAUUUGGUCGACAAAUUGAAUAUUGAAGAGAUUGGGAUCAUUUGUUUGGGAUAUUUCAAAACUCAAGUGCCCAUAAAGAACCCAGAUCUUUUACAUCAAAUAAUUAAACAUACCAUAAAUAACUUGUCUACAGUAAAUACUCUUACAUUAGCUGCCAUUGUUAAACAGCUUCGGAAAAGCUGCUCUGUUCCAAACAGACAGCUGUUCAAAACAUUUCUUUCAGAGUGUAAAAAGUAUAUAUACUGUUGGGAGCCCACUGCUGGAAUUCACGUUGGCCUCUUAGGCACCCCUAUACAUGUUUAUGAUGCUGGACUUAUUGAUACAGUUGUGAGACAUACCUUUAAUAAUCUUGAAAAUGUUCGCCUGAAAGAACUGUCCAAGCUUCUUUUCUCUUGUGCACUUUUUAAUCAUACUCUUCAUAUGAAAAAUAGUUUUUUCGAUGCAAUAGUUGCAGAAUUAUGCAAUACUAGAAGAGAAGAAGAAAUAUCUUUAUACCCAAAUUGUCUUAUUUCGAGUCUUCUGUUCUUAGCUUAUCAAGAUGUUUACCCUGAAAAUCUUCUCAGAAGAGCUCUGGACCCAAGUUUUCAGACAUUACUACAAGGUAAGAUCAUGUUGUUCAUGUCAAGAGAGUUGGUCACAUGGGAAAUUAGGAAAGUAUAUGAAAAAAAAGAAAUUGUUGGAAAUGAUUCAGAGAAUCAAGGAUGA